AUGGCAUGGUCAUACCUUCCAUACCUGCCUCAGGAGUUGGACGAACUCGAGUCAAUAUGGGCCAAAGAACAACAAGAAGCUGCUGCGAACAAGGCCACAAGUCAGAAGACAAAAGAAAGAAGCUUACAAUCUCCUCCUCCAGGUGACGCGAAGAAGGGUGCCAACCUCUUCAAGACGAGAUGCGCUCAGUGCCACACUGUCGUUGAGUCGGAAGGCAACAAGAUUGGCCCCAACCUGCACGGUCUCUUCGGCCGGAAGACCGGUUCAGUCGAAGGAUUCUCCUACACAGAUGCCAACAAGGCGAAGGGUAUCACAUGGAAUGAGGACACUCUGUUCGAAUACCUCGAGAACCCCAAGAAGUACAUUCCUGGCACCAAGAUGGCCUUUGGCGGUCUGAAGAAGGCCAAGGACAGGAAUGACCUGAUCACUUGGUUGCGCGAGGAGACCAAGUAA